AUGUUGAUUUCGUUCCAGCAAAUGCCGACGCUUCUUCAACAACAACAACAACUGCAGUUUGAAAAAUCUCAACGACAGUUGCUCGAGUUGCUGUCUCAGAAGCUGAACAUCCAGAGCGAAUCCCCGACGACAACCGCACGGCCAUCUGUGGACGCCCUUGCUGCUUCAAUCACAGAAUUUGUUUUCGAUGGAUUGAACGGAUUGACAUUUGAAUCCUGGUUCCUAAAGUAUGAAGUUAUUUUUUCGAUGGAACUUACAGACCAAGACGAUGUCUGGGAAGUUUGUUUGUUGUUAAGGAAACUUGGCGCAGUCGAGCAUGAACGUUACACAAAUUUCGUGUUGCCAAAGAAUGCAAGAGACUUCAGCUUCGACGAGACAGUGAAAACGCUGAUGCAGAUAUUCGGUGAGCAGGCCGCUCUGUCCAGUACUCGCUAUAAUGGUUUGAAGUUAGGCACACGCGAUGCCAUUGAUUUUGUCACACAUGCCGGGAUCGUAAAUUGCAAAAGUGAACGAUUCAAACUGGGUAUGAUGACACAUGAUCAAUUCAAGACUCUUAUUUUCGUGUACAGUCUUCAGUCCCACGCUGAUACCGAUAUUCCAACACGAAUUCUUCACAAGCUCGAACAAGAACCACAGUUGACGCUGCAAGCGUUUACAGCCGAAUGUCAGCGACUGAUUAAUUUGAAGCACGACACAAAAAUGAUUGAAACUGCUGAUCACAGGACAGAACCCCAGAUUUGUCGCACAGCUAUCCAUGGUAAAGUGAUGAACCGGAGUCGGUCAACUCAGAAGCCCACGAUCGCAUGCUGGAAUUGUGGCGCUUGGCAUUUUGUGAGUGACUGUAUCUACAAAGGGCAUCAAUGUCACAAGUGCAAGCGGUUUGGUCAUAAUGAAACCCACUGUCGAGUUGCGCACAAUUUAAGACGUUCAUUUCCCUCGAGAUUGCGCACAAACAUGACUUCCAAAGGGCUACAUUUCAUGGACCGGCCACAAAGGUAA